GUCUUCCAUCCUCCACAUCCGCUCCCCCCCCCUACUGCCUACGACGACGCCAAACGACCAUUCACCGCCUGCGCCCCUUUCGGUGAAUCAAUUAAGCGCUUUAUUAUACGACACCGCUCCCAUUUAUCCUUUGCGAAGGUUGAUCGCGACCGUACUGUGACGGCGGAUCCGUGCCUGAUUACCAAGACACAGCCACAGGCACAAAGACGACAAACCUCACAACCCGCGUGUGCCCGCCAUGUCCGUCGAGCUCGAUCCCGUAGAGCUUGGCUUCAAGCGUCCCUUCCAGCACGAGGUGUCGCAGACGCUCCGCCUGCGGAACCCGCACUCUGACCCGGUUGCUUUCAAGGUCAAAACCACGGCUCCCAAGCAAUACUGUGUAAGGCCAAAUAGCGGACGCAUCGAGCCCGGCAAACAUGUUGAAGUCCAAAUCCUCCUCCAGGCCAUGAAAGAAGACCCGCCGCCAGACGCAAAGUGCCGCGACAAGUUCCUCGUGCAGUCUGUCCUAAUAACAGCCGACAAGGAGUUCACCAAUGUCGGAUCUCUGUGGUCGCACAUUGAGCAAACAGCCAAAUCUUCAAUCCAGGAGAAGAAGAUUAGGGUGCUGUUCCUCGCUCCUGACGACGGUGGUCCAAACGCAACGCCUGCGAGGACCAACGGCACACGCGAGUCCAUGAUGCCAUCCCCAUCUCCAUCCCACGAGGCCGUUACUCCCCAGCGGGGUGCAUCCGAGGUUUCUGGCCCUGUGUCAGUCCCACAAGAUCGUCCUGAGAAGAGCAAGAACUUGGGAGAAAUCAAGAAUGAGGCUUUCAAUCCCGCAACGGGCGGUGGUAUGCAGUCGACCUAUCAUGCUGCUGCUGCAACCCUGUCCAACGCGAUGCCUUCUUCGGGAGAUGUCGAGGCCCAGCUUGCUGAAGCCAAAGCGCAAAUUGCACGGUUGACGCAGCAGCUCGGUGACGCCAGCGGUCUCCGCCAGCGCAAGGGAGCAUCCGCCCAAGAUUCGAAGCAAUCCUCGACCGCCAUAAACACGCAACAAGCCCCAGCUGGUGGCGUAUCUGUUCAGAUUACAGCCCUUCUCUGCCUCGUCAGCUUCCUCCUUGCCUACUUCCUUUUUUGAACACCAUUCCCCUAGUACCGCGUCAGAAUUGCAGUAAACCUUGUUGAGCGAGCGAUUCCGAGAUUAAGUGAGAGAAAUUGGAGGAGAAAGACUUUUCAAGCAUGAAGAAGUAGGGUGGUGGCAUGGGCGGCGCUGCACGAAACGAUGUUAAUUGCUUUUGUUGGCUGUGGAUAUGUCUUGUUAGGACCUAGGGCUCUUGUUGGUUAUGCACAUGGUGUAAGCUGCUGGGAAGGCAUGGGCAUAUCCGCGCACAAGCAUCCAUGUAUCAACAACUACAUAAUUCCGAGGUUAACCGUAUGA